AUGCCAGAGGAGGAUGCGUAUAUAACAUUCUACCACACUCGAGAUUGGCUACGGGCUGCAGCCCGGCAGCAAAAUGCGGCAACUAGUGCAGAGAUACAUCAUGAGUGGAGCACAACCCCAACUUCACCACAACGAAUCGCGCCUAACGCUACACCUCAAGUUAGCCCGGUCAACAACAAGACUGAACAUCUUACUGUUCGUUUUGCAGAAGCCAGCCUCCCUGAUGGCCCUUCUCAAGCGUAUACGGACUGCACCGAACGUGGACCUGGCCGCCAAACCGGGUAUGCUACUACAGCAUCUACCGAAGAAUACAGCGCGACGAUUGCGGGUUCAGAAUAUGACAAUGUCCAUCUGCUCAACAGUGCAGAGACAUGGGCAACCGAGGAGAGACAGGAGCCGAAUGGAAUCGAAAAUUGGUCCCAUCGAACUCGACCCGAGUCAGACUCAGCAGGUCCUCAGCGAUGA